AAGGAAGAACCCCUGGUUUCCCUGGAUACAAAGCCAAGAAGCCUUGGACUCUGAGAUGUGAAAAGGGCCAUAGUAUUUUUUGUGAUAGAGAGGAGCUGGUGAUGCCAUGGGAAGACACUGUGUCUGCUUUGAUGGUGGUGGUGGCAGCAGUGCCAUCAAUUACAGGGCAGAGAAAGAGCCAGUUCUGAAGCAGCAGGAUCAAGGUUGGCAUCCUGAAGCCAUCAACACAACUGAGCUUGAACUCAAGCAUGACAUGAGAAGAACCAUGUCCUCUCUCCAGGUGGAAGAGGCCCGUUAGCAUCGCUUGCUCUGUCUAGCCUGGGGACCUCACAAGAGCCAUCAACUGCAAGGCAGCAGGUGAACAGCAUGGUAAGCAGGCUUGAGGGCUCUGUACGUGUGCCCACAAGGUAGCACACCCUCAGAUAGAAGUGGGGACAACUUCUGGCCUUUAUGGCUCUGAACCUCAUGUCAUAAUAAUUUGGUAAAAUAAAUAAACAAAUAUGGAGAAAUAUAACGAUAAAGAGUAAAACUUACCGUAAAAUGCAUUUGAAUAUUCAAGUUAAAGUAGCAUUUUAGAUGCAAGUAGAUUUAACCGUCUGGAGACAGUGGGGAAAGCAGGCGUGACCCAAAAAGCAGAACAAAAACUACAUGUAAAAGAAGAAAAAAAAAAGGACAGUUUAGUACCAACUGGUGCCCAUAAGCUAGACAGAUAUUAAACAUCUAGUUCUUUGCUAAAGUUGGAUCACAAAAGCAUAUUUUGGUUUGCACACCCUUGGAAGAAAACAAACUAGCCAUUGGGUCAUUGCUAAGAAAAGGUAUAAAGAGCCAGACAAGGUUUCCAAGGACCUCACAUCGCUCCCCAGACUAUAAUCACCUUGAAACACAGAAAAGUGAGUUCACAGGUCUCCCAGACAUGAAAUUGGGGGUUCUAUGGGGUCACCCAUGGGUGACAGCUGACCCUAGGGAUGAACUGCAUGGAAACGUGGUGCAAAACAAGACAUAGUACAACAACAACAAAGAAUGGUUUGGGGUUUGUAUGUAAAUAUGUGAUAUAUAAGGGUCCUUGAACUUUAUGAAAACUUCUGGGGUCCACAGAGCUGUUGUUUCCCCACUGACAUGGGUACCAGUCUGUAGAAAUAAAUGAGUUACUGGUGCCUUUUCUCAUCUUCUCCUUUCCCUCUCUGUAUCUCUGCAAGACCUAGUCCUUGUAACAGGUAACAGCAGUUCAUCCCUAAAUGGCACUGUGAAUGAAUUAAGAUUGCAGCAGUCAUGAUAUGAUGCCCAUAGCUCCAGCCAAACCUCUCUAUUUUUUAUAUUUGUGGAAGGGGUAAGACUACCUCCAUUAGUAAAGAAAGAGCGAUUGUCGACAAAGAGCCAGUGUAACUCUAUUUUAUUGGCUCAAGCCAAUGACUGUUAGAUAAGUAAAAUGGAAAUCACUGCUUUGGAGUAGAAUAAUGGGAUUUUUAGAUGAAGAAGUGCCUUAUAAAUAGCUCAACUCCAUCAUUUUGCAUAUGAGGAAAUUUCGCAGCCACACACAACUAGUUAAUGGCAAAGCCAGGAACAGAAUUCACCUCAGUGCCUUCCUUGGGAGAUUUGGGAAAUAUUCAGAUAAAGAGACUGUUUAGGACUAUAAUGCAUGAACUUGUGACACAGCUGAAGGAACUAUAGAUUUUUAACCUAGAAAGAGGAUAGUUCAGGUACAUAAUAACCAUUUUCAAAUACCUUAAGGACUGUCAAGUAGUAAAAUAUCUUGAACUUGUCCUGCUGGCUGAGGAAACAAGGACAAUUGUGGGGAAGUUAGAGAAGGACUUUAGCAGUUCAGCAUAAUAUAAAACCUUUUAUAUAGUCAAAAUUUGCCAAAAUAAUUCAUUGGGAGAUAGUAAGCUUUCUGUCACCUGAGGCAGUUCAGGAAAGACUGGAAGAUAAUGUAGUGUGUAUGUUUCGUCCACGAAAAUGGGUGGGGUAAGAGGUGUGGAGGAGAAAAUUCAGGCAUGAAAAUCAUUUGGAUGGGGUGACCUUUAAGAGUAUGUGAUUCUUUACAACCUGGGAUCAAAUAAGCGUUUCAUUCUUGCCUCCAAACUCGACAACUUAUCUUCCCAUCUGUUUGCAAUAGUUUAAAUUUUAAUCUAUUUCAUAUUUCAGGGUAUUAUGCCCUGAAUAUUUGAUUUGAAUGCUGUGGUAGAAGGUCACUCAUAUUCAUUUAUUUUCUUUUACUCUUAUACACUUGCAGUGAGUGUUUUGAAACCAUUAUGCAAACAUAUGCAAAUCAUAUGCAGAUAGUGUGUCCUCAGAAAAAUGACAAAAUCUUAUGGCCUUAACUGAGCCAUCAAACCUGUCUUUAAGAGGGAAAGUAAUAUGCCUUUUGAAUGUCUCUGGGGCAGGAGACAAUUUCCUGAGAGUGAUAUUUACAUGACGUUGGAAUUGGUUACUCAGAGGCGUCUUUGCCUCAUAUUCUUCACAUUUAUGUAGGACUUUGAGGUUAAGAAAGUAUUUUCACAUGAAUGAUCCCAUUGGAUCCUCAUAAUUACCCUGUGAUGUUGGCAAAACAGGAACUGGAAUUCUUGUUUUAUUAUUCAGAUGGGAAAUAGACUCAGAAAAGUCAAAUGACUUGCCCAGGUUUGCUCUGUUGGUAAAUGAUGGGUCUGAGGCUUCAAAGUAGAUCUCUUUUCAGUCCAAGAACUCUUCCAUGACACUGUGAUGUGUGUCUUCUUCAAAGCAAGUGGUUGUCAUCAGUCUGGGUUUGCUUGGAUGGCUUUUCACCAAAAGCAUCUUUGAAGGUGUUUUGUUGAUGAGGAUGGCAUUUUAAGGGUGACCAGAAAAGUCUAAUUAUUUGUAGUAGCCCUAGCACAGUGCCAACUACAUAGUUUCUCUAACCACCCCCCUGCUUUUUCGCAUCUGCUCUGAAAUUUCCAGAUGAAGAACUUUCUUCACACCAUAUGCUUCAGCUUUUUCAGGAGGCAAAAUUCUUUCUUAAACUAUCGGGAGGAAUAGCACAGUCUCUGCAGUGAGACUGUCUGGAUCUGAAGCCCUAAUCUACCACCUUCUAUUUGUGUGGUCUUGGAGAGGUCAUUGAUUCCUCUAAGCAUCAGUUUCUACAUCUAUAAAAUGGGGGAAAUAAUAGCACCUCUUUGAUAGAGUAUAUGAUAAGGAGAUAUCUAUAAAACAAAAGAAAACCUACUUAGACACAUAAUAUGUGCUCAAUAAAUGGUAGCUACUAUAAUUACCAUAUUAGUAGUUGUAACACAGUAGUGAUAGUAGUAGUAUUCUCUCAAGGUAUUGUGAAGUCUGAUGCUAAGAACUGGCUCUUAGAAAUGGAAUGGGAGGACAGUAAUACCAAAUAUCUCGUAUAUGUCAAAGGACUGGAGAACAGACAAUGUCUGAGGCAGCCAAAUUCAGCCCAGUGAGGAAUACAUGAACUUUAACUUUCUUUAGUCACUACCAUAUCUUGCAUCAUUAUGAGGGUAGUUGCAAACCUGUUUCGAAGGUAUUUCUGGGAAAAAAUAGAGCCAAGGCUGGCACCCUUGACUCUUCUCUCUCUUAGUCAGACUGCCCUGUAUAUGGCAGUGGCUUCUACUUCCCUGGGUCACCUUGGGAGGGAACAAGAGGGAUUUCCACUCCAGCCGCUUUAGCAGGCCUGAAUCACGGGGUCAAGGGAUGGAUUUGUCCUCCUCCUGUACCAAGACCAGAAGUGGGUACUGUGAAGGUGGCCAAGGCAGCAGCUCCACUCCCUUUCUGGGGUGACCCUGCUCCGUCUUGCCCUAGUUCCCAGCUCCAGCACAUGUGCCCCAUGCCACCCCCCAGAGUGCUCUGCCCUCCCAGUGUGCCCUAGCACCUCUCCUGGUCACUCACCUAGGCCAGCUAACAAAGUGGCCUCCUCCGUGAGGACAGAUUCCUGCUCCCACAGCCUCUUCGAUGGAAAGGGACCAGAAGCUGUUGGAGCUGGCCAAUCCGCUGAAGCUUGCCUAGAGUCACUAGGAACCAUCACCCUGAGAGUCCAUGUGACCAGUGAAAAGGAACUGCACAACUGAUUCAUGUUGGCCAGGAAAUGCCCUGGGCCAUUCUGAGGCUGGGUGCUUCUCUAUUUUUGGCAAGAAUGGGUACGAUGCAGAAGGGACUUCCCCUUUUUUGCAGCAAAAAGCCACUAAAUGCUGAGCAGCCUACAGCAUUUCUUGUUCUCAGAUUACCCUUCUGCGCACUCUCUGGCUGCCAGAUUAGCGAGGCCAUCAUAGCUUGAUUCGAUUUCUCAGCUCCAGGCAUUAGCUAACCCUACCAAGCUGGGUUGCCUCGGUCCUGUGAUGGCUCCCCGUGUCGGCUGCUUCCUGUUGGCGGUGCUGAUUUCCGCCAGCUGUAAAGUCAUCACCUCCUCGAAUCCAGUGUGCACUGAGAAAGAAGCCAACAAGACAUAUAACUGUGAAAAUUUAGGUCUCAGAGAAAUUCCUGACACUCUACCAAAUACAACAGAAUUUUUGGAAUUCGGCUUUAACUUCUUGCCUACAAUUCAACAUAUAACCUUCAGCAGGCUCAUAAAUCUUAUCUUUUUGGAUUUGACCAGGUGCCAGAUUAACUGGGUACAUGAAGAUACUUUUCAAAACCAUCAUCAACUGAACACCAUUGUGUUAACUGGAAACCCCCUGAUAUUCAUGGCAGAAACAUCACUUACCGGGCCCAAGUUGCUGAAGCAUCUUUUCUUAACCCAAACAGGAAUUUCCAGUCUUGAGUUUAUCCCAGUGCACAACCUGGAAAACUUGGAAAGUUUGCAUCUUGAAAGCAACCAUAUUUCCUCUAUUAAUCUCCCAGAAAACUUCCCAACACGGAAUCUGAAAGUCCUGGAUUUUCAGAAUAAUGCUAUACACUACAUCUCUAGUAAAGACAUAAACGCUCUGGAACAGGCCACGAACCUAAGCCUGAACUUCAAUGGCAAUGACAUUAAAGGCAUUGAGCCUGGGGCUUUCAAUUCAAAAAUCUUUCAAAGUUUGAAAUUUGGAGGGUCUCUCAACUUAUCUGUUAUACUGAAAGGUCUACAGAACUCUACUAUUCAGUCUCUUUGGCUGGGGACAUUUGAGGACACUGAUGACCAAGACCUCACUUCAGCCACAUUCGAGGGACUUUGUGACAUGGCUGUUGAGAGCAUCAACCUACAAAAGCAUCAUUUCGAUGGCUUCUCACCGUCUACAUUUCAGUGCUUCACUCGACUCCAGGAGUUGGAUCUGACGGCAACUCACUUGAAAGGAUUACCCUCUGGGAUUGAGGGUAUGAACUCUCUCAAGAAAUUAGUUCUCAAUGCAAAUAGUUUUGACCAAUUGUGUCAAAUCAGUGCUGCCAGUUUCCCGUCCCUUACUGACCUCUAUGUCAAAGGCAACAUGAAGAAACUUGACCUCGGUGCCAGGUGUUUGGAAAAGCUAGAAAAUCUUCACAAACUUGAUUUAAGUCACAGUGAUAUUGAGGCUUCUGACUGUUGCAAUGUGCAACUCAAAAACCUGUCCCACUUGCAAUACUUAAACCUGAGCUACAAUGAGCCCCUUGGUCUCGAGGAUCAGGCGUUCAAAGAGUGUCCUCGGCUAGAACUCCUGGAUUUGGCAUUUACCCACCUGCUCGUUAAGGCUUCACAAAGUCCUUUCCAAAACCUCCAUCUCCUGCGGGUUCUGAAUCUCUCGCGCUGCCUCCUUGAUACCAGCAAUCGGCACCUUCUAGAAGGCCUGCCGGAUCUCCGGUAUCUGAAUGUACAAGGGAAUCACUUUCAAGAUGGGAGCAUCUCAAAGACCAACCUACUCCAGACAGUGAGCAGCUUGGAGAUUCUGAUUUUAUCCUCUUGUGAGCUCCUCUCCAUAGACCAGCAAGCAUUCCACGGCCUUGGGAAAAUGAGCCACUUAGACUUAAGCCACAACAGCCUGACAGGUGACAGCAUGGAUGCUCUCAGCCCCCUUAAGGGGAUCUACCUCAAUCUGGCCGCCAAUAACAUUCGCAUCAUCCCACCCCAUCUCCUCCCCGCCUUGUCUCAGCAGACCACCAUUAAUUUAAGUCACAAUCCCCUGGACUGCACUUGCUCAAACAUCCAUUUCAUAACAUGGUACAAAGAAAACCUGCAAAAACUCGAGGGCUCGGAGGAGACGGUGUGUGCAAAUCCCCCCGCUUUAAGGGGAGUUAAGCUGUCUGAUGUCAAACUGUCUUGCGGGAUGACGGGUAGGGGCAUUUUCUUUCUUGUAGUUUUUGUAUUCUUGCUCAUCAUUCUACUCAUUUAUUCAGUUAAAUUUCUUCUUAGGUGGAAAUACCAGCACAUUUAGGGCUGAAGAUUUCUAGCGAUAGAAAAUAAAUAUGUUUAGCAAAAUUGCCCUCAGUAAAGGAACUGUUGUUUGUUAGUGACCAGACUUUUCAGAUGGGUUCCUGGAGCUGGGUAGGGAUUCACUGUGCUCUUCUGAGUCCCAGAACUAAUGAGCCUCCUGGGAAAGUAAACUGACUAGGGCCAGAGGGCCAGAUGCAGCUGUGAGAGACACAGAGCCUCUUCCUCACAUGGAAGGUGGCUAGAAGUUGAGGAGGACCCAUGGCAGGGAAAGGCCAGGAGAGUAACCUACUAGGAGGCCAUCACUUCCAUUCAUGAGCAUCCUUUGAAGCACCUCCCACCUUGACCCUAAAAGGAGGUCAUCAACUCCCACAGCUUGGCAGUGCCAAGGACCCCAGCUCCCCAGGUCUCUCUCCCACAGCUCAGGCAUUGUGCUUGGGUCUGAGUUCUCAGUAAUGUAGCCAUUUGGGAAACAAGCUGGAGAUAAAGUCUCAAAGCUUAUUUUAAUUGACAAAGAGAAAACAAAGAAUUUAAAAGAAGACGCUGGAAAAUGAAUCUUGCCAUCAAAUUGACUUCGUUAACCUCCUUAAUCCUUACUUCUCCAAGGAUUCUACAAUGCCUCUGCAGUGCUAAUAGCUCCAAGAAAAAAAAAAAAAAGACACCCCUGCCAGGAUGCCCCUCCCCCAGGGUUUAGGAGUUUUGCACAUUGGCCACCCUCACUUCAGAACCAAGGAGACUUUUUCUACCUACCUGGUGUUCUCGCUCUUAUUAUGUUACAGAUCCUGACUUACAGGUGGGCUGUGGUCCAAAUGCUCUUCUCAUGUGAAUGUCUGGUCCUUAGAAGCUUCUUUCUCACAGGAACCGUGAGAUAAAUGGUGGUUGGGUUCCCAGGCCAGCUCUCAGAAACCUAUUCACCGGGGAUAGCAACUGAGAUAGCACAUUUACAAUGAAAAACUAGUGGAAGAAAGAAAGCAUCCUGGCCCCCUCAUCACUGGGAACACAGUAAGUUGCCUUAGUGAGCGGUAGUUUCUGUUGAGGCUGGGGGUAUUGCAAAGAUUAUACCAGCAACAGAGAGGGGACAAAAUCAUUACAUGCAGAGAGAGAACAGGGAAGCUGGCAGUGUAAUGACUUAGGCCUUCUUCCCAAGGUCCAAAGGGUGAUACCCAUGCAGGGCUUGAUCUUCUGAAAUCUGCAUUGGCAGACAAGAGAGUUGAGCUCUUGUACUCACGUGUUGCAUUUAUAAGGCCUGGAUUAAGCUCAAUAACCCAUUUUAGGCUAGAGAUAGUAGCUUAUAGUUAUAAAAUUCUGAUUGGGUACCAAAGUAAAAAUUGAUUAACAUCCAAUGAGAACUGAUUAGCCCUGAAGUUGAGGGCAUAUUAGUGGAACAGAGUAAAAACUUGGGGACCAACUCUUUACCUCUGUACCCCCAGGAAAAGCAGGAAAGACAAAGGAAUAGUGAAGGAAAGCCAUAAACCUUCACUGCAAGUGCUUUACCAGUCUUAGGGGAAUUUUUCUUGUAAUACUGCACAGGAGCCUAAGUUUUCCCAGAUGUUCUUGGUUAAGGACACAAGACAGGGGCUAGGGUAAGGGGAGUGAGGCACUUGAUUUGGGUGCAAAAUUUAAGGGGGAACCAAAAAAACUCAGUAAUCAGGCAAAGAAGUUACUUUUAAAACUUUAAAUUAAUGCAAAAAAAAAAAAUCCAUGAUAAAUAUCAAAAGUUUUUAAACAUAGCCAGGAUCCACAAUAGCACCAUGCAGAACCAUAUUAGAGCCUGAGGCAAAAGGAAAACCACUGGUAGCCGUCCUGCCUUUGCUUAAAAUUUUGGUAUUUUUGUUCAUUGUGGAUAUUUUACAUUAGUUUUGACAUCUUAAUGUUGCAUUAAAAUACCAUUCUUCU